GUCAAACCCCAACCUACACCAAAAAGACCCAAAUCCCCUCAACCUUCAGAUGAGCUACAUCCCACUAUCCUUUGCGAUGGGCUGAUAAGUGGAUCCAAGAUGGCGUAGAAAGUAAAGCUAGAUUCAAGAAGAAAGAUGACGAGUUCAACGACAUUCUGUCCCUGAGUCAUGGCAGACAGGAGAGCGGAGAAGUCAUGUGAAGAAGCCAGCGGAUCGUUAGCCAGGCGGGAGUACGAGGCGGCAGUGAGCCACUGCACAGAUGCGCUGCUGGCCCUCGGCCCCCCCGGCCCCUCCCAGCCCUGGACCCCCCGCCCAACGCCCCCAACGACACGGUUACCCCCCCUCCGCAGCCGCGCCCUGCUCUACAGGAUAGCCGCCCUGCUACAGCUGAAAAACUAUGAUCAAGCAGAUGAAGACUGCAAACAUGUUCUGGCUGAGGAGCUGGCCAAGGGAGACGGGUCGUUUCAGGCCAGCCUGCGCUGCAUGCUGUUGGACGGCAGCCUGCACGAAGUGGCCGGCCUCCUCUCCAAGUCCCUGUUUGGGGAGCCUCUGAACGGCAUCGUCACAAAGGACUUAACUAGAUUAAAAAUGCUUCUCUCAGAAAUUGAAGCCAUUCGUAGCGAGAUGGCCACAGAAUAUACAGACGACAACGAGGAAGAAGUACGGGAUGGGUGGCAGUUUCGCCCCCCGCCUCGAGGAGUCACCAGCAGUGAGGAGUACACGCUGUGUAAAAGGUUCCUGGAGCAGGGCCUGUGUCGCUACGGUGCCCAGUGCACGUCGGCCCACUCCCAGGAGGAGCUGAUGGAGUGGCAGAAGCGCUACGCCUCGCGCCUCAUCCGCCUCAAGCAGCAGCAGGAGAGCAAGCACUUCACCGAGAACUACAUGGAGGCGCUCAUUGAGAAGUGGAUGAACUCUCUCUCCCCUGAGAAAGUGCUGAGUGACUAUUUGGACGGCGUCAGCGUGGAACACAGCUCCAACCUCUCCGUAACGGUCACCACCAAGAAAUCAGCUCACUCCUGGACCUUCUCCCUGUUCUGCAAGCCUGUGAGGAAGCUGUACCGCAUCGCCCUGCUCUACGACGCCCACCGACCCCACUUCUCCAUCACGGGCGUGUCUGUUGGCGAUGCCGGCGCCCAGCGGCUGCAGGCGGCGGCCGAGGGCUGCCAGGAGUGGACGGCGGGCGAGGAGGCGCUGGCGGCCAACAACGGCAUGGACCACUGCGUCUACACGGUGGUGGUGGGCUUCAGCACCGAGAUCUUCGGCACCUUCCGCCAGACCAUCGUCUUCGACUUUGGCUCGGAGCCCGUGCUGAUGCAGCGCAUCAUGGUGGACGCCGCCUCCAUAGAAGACCUGGAGCACCUAAUGCAAGCCAGGCAGCAGCUCCUGAUGACGGCCAAGCGCUGGGACCCGUCCUGUAAGACCAUCGUGGAGUUCAGCCCCAACGAGACGGUGGACCUGGACCGCAGCCUGCUGGCCCGCUACCAGAUCCCCCUGUCGGCUGACCAGCUCUUCACCCAGUCGGUGCUGGACAAGACCCUGACCCGGGACAACUACCAGGCCCGCCUGCACGACCUGCUCUACAUCGAGGAGAUUGCCCAGUACAAAGAAGUCAGCAAGUUCAACAUCAAAGUCAACCUCCAGCUGGUCACCAGCUUCAUGCUGACGGGCAUCUCGGGUGGCGCCAAGUACGCCCAGAACGGGCAGCUCUUCGCCCGCUUCAAGCUGACUGAGACGCUGUCGGAGGACACGCUGGCGGGCCGCCUUGUCAUGACCAAGGUGAACUCUGUCUUGCUGUUGCCCCUGGCCCGCCAGGAGUGGUGCAGCCAGCCCCCGGGGGUCAAGGAGCGGGUCUACGAGGCCUGCAUCGAGGAGAAGACCAAGGACUACAUCUUCCUGCGGAUAUGCAAGGACUGCUGCGAGGAGCUGGGCUUGAUACCUGAUAGGGAACUGCAGGUGGAGCUGCAGUUUCAGUUGAACCGCCUGCCCCUGUGUGAGAUGCACUAUGCUCUGGACCGCAUCAAAGACAACGGCAUCCUGUUCCCAGACACCAGCCUUACCCCCACCAUUCCCUGGAGCCCCAACAGGUCCAAAUCGGUCGUUGAGGGAAAUAAAGAAAAUCAGAAGUGGCACUGGCUCCGUGUUCCAGAUUUGAAUUUGCCUGACAUAGAUCCUUCAACCCCUGUUCCAUGGCAGUGGGACGAGCAGCUGGACCCGCGUCUCAACGCCAAGCAGAAGGAGGCCAUCCUGGCCAUCACCACGCCUCUAACCAUCCCCCUGCCCCCUGUGCUCAUCAUCGGGCCCUACGGCACGGGCAAGACCUUCACCCUGGCACAGGCCGUCAAGCACAUCCUCAAGCAGGACGACAGCAGGGUCCUCAUUUGCACCCAUUCCAACAGUGCAGCUGACCUGUACAUAAAGGACUACCUUCAUCCGUACGUAGAAGCGGGCAACGCGCACGCAAGACCUCUCAGGGUUUACUUCAGGAACCGCUGGGUGAAGACUGUCCACCCGUUGGUGCAGCAGUACUGUCUGAUCUCUAACACACAGUACACUUUCCAGAUGCCCGAGAGAGAGGACAUCCUCCGGCACCGCGUGGUGGUGGUCACCCUCAGCACCUCCCAGUACCUCUGCCAGCUGGACCUGGAGCCAGGGCUCUUCUCUCACAUCCUAUUGGAUGAGGCGGCCCAGGCCAUGGAGUGUGAGACCAUCAUGCCUUUCGCGCUGGCCAGCAAAAGCACCCGCAUCGUGCUGGCUGGAGACCACAUGCAGCUCAGUCCGUUUGUGUACAGCGAGUUUUCUCGAGAGCGGAACCUGCAUGUGUCGCUGUUGGACCGGCUGUACGAGCACUACCCAGCCGAGUUCCCCUGCCGCAUCCUACUCUGUGAAAACUACCGCUCCCACGAAGCUAUCAUCAGCUACACGUCAGAACUGUUCUACGACGGGAAGCUGAUGGCCAGCGGGAAGCAGCCGUCUCACAAGGACUUCUACCCGCUGACCUUCUUCACGGCGCGCGGCGAGGACGUCCAGGAGAAGAACAGCACGGCCUACUACAACAACGCAGAGGUGUUUGAGAUCGUGGAGCGGGUGGAGGAGAUGCGUAAGAAGUGGCCGGUGGCGUGGGGCAAGCUGGAUGAGGGCAGCAUCGGCGUGGUGUCGCCCUACGCCGACCAGGUAUUCCGCAUCCGCGCCGAGCUCCGAAAGAAGAGGAUGCACGAGGUCAGCGUGGAACGGGUGCUCAACGUCCAAGGUAAGCAGUUCCGGGUGCUCUUCCUGAGCACUGUGCGCACACGGCACACCUGCAAGCACAAACAGACGGCCAUCAAGCGGAAGGAGCAGCUGGUGGAGGACUCAACAGAGGACCUGGACUACGGCUUCCUGUCCAACUACAAGCUGCUCAACACGGCUAUCACUCGCGCCCAGUCCCUGGUGGCCGUGGUGGGAGACCCCAUAGCGCUCUGUUCGGUGGGCCGCUGCAGAAAGUUCUGGGAGAAGUUCAUCUCCAUCUGCCACGAGAACGCCAGCCUGCACGGCAUCACCUUUGAGCAGAUCAAGGCCCAGCUGGAGGCCCUUGAGCUCAAGAAGACCUACGUGCUCAACCCGCUGGCGCCCGAGUUCAUCCCCCGCGCCCUGCGGCCCCAGCCGGCCCAGCACCCCCAUCAUCACCAACACCAUCACCAACACCCACACCCCCAGGGACACACGGCCAUCAAGCAGCCCCAGCAGCAGCAACCACAGCAGUCUCCCCCGAAGGGGAAAGGUCAACAUGCGAACCACACGGAGCACUUCCCACCUGAAGGAUUUGUUCAACCCAACCCCGCGGUGUUGAUGGGCAACCCCAUCCGGGCGUUCACGCCGCCCUUAGGGGGCACACCUGGCGGCAUGGGCAAGUCCCCCAGUCCCGUGCAGAGGAUAGACCCCCACACGGGUGCCAGCAUCCUCUACGUGCCCGCCGUCUACGGAGGCAACAUGGUCAUGUCCAUGCCACUGCCCUCUGUCCCCAUCCAGUUGCCGUGGCCCGGCUACCAGAACCGCUUUGCCAUGGACCCACGCAUCAUGAGCCACCAGGCGGCCAUGGCCUACAACCUGAACCUGCUGCAGGCCCAGAACCGGGGCUCGCCCAUCCCCUACGGCGGAGUCACACACCCCUCCCCCUUGGGCAUGGGCCAGCAGACCAGUCCUGACAAGGAGCUUCAGGCUGAUUCUGUCAGAAACGGUAAAAUGGACGGGUGUGCAAAGUCCGAGCAGAGUCGGCUGCAGACACCAGAGAGGAAGACCUCGGAGAUGAAGGACAAACCGGGAGAGUGUGAUCCGGGCGGUGGCCGGACUCUGGACUCUCAGACGGACGGACUGGGCUUCCCCAAUGCCAUGCUCCACCGCAAGGACAACUCAAGCCAAAGACCCCUUAACUACCACCUGGCGCCCCCCAACCCGGCCUUUGCCCCCCAUCCCGUGGGUCGGGCCUUCCCCCCACAGUACCCCGGCGUGUCCAGGCUCCCCUUUAGGGUGCCAACCCAGCACCCAGGUGGGGGCCCGGGCAUGGGCCAGCCUAACCAGCAUCACUCGGCCCAGCUAUCCCCAGCCUACGCCAGCGGCAGCCACAACCCCUCCUUCUUUGGUGGGGCCAUGGCCUCCCACAGGGGUGUGCCGGAGACUGAGGAGGAGGGGCCGGAGGAGAUUGGGAAUUCCAUCAGGUCCCAGAUGAGCCACCAGGUGGGGCACCACCCGGCCCUUUCGCAACCCGGCCGAGUUAACAGCUUCGGAGAGGAGAACCAGGAAGGAGGCCUGGGAGAUGGGAUGGACUCCCUAACUCUGGAGGCCCUGAGCCAGCAGGCGCGGCUGGGCCAGUGGGGUGACCCCGGGCCCUUCCUCCAGGGCGGUGUGGCCUUCCCUCUGCCCCAGCAGCUGGCCCAUCUGGCCCAGCCCGGCCUAGCCCGCUUCCCCCCUCAGCUGCUGGCACGGGCCAACUGGAGAAUGAGCGCCGGCAUGGAGGACGAGGCUGGCGGACCGCCUUUCACUAGGUUCCCAGGCCUCCUAAGAGACAUGCCCCCCCAGGAUCAGCCCGAUCCCAGGGACCCGGUUGAGAUGCAGCCCCCUCCCCAGUCCCGCCUGCUCCAGUACCGCCAGGUCCAGUCCCGCUCUCCGGGAGACCCCUCCUCCCCCUCGUCUGUAACCUCCAACCACACCGGCCCCUUCCCCCCUGGCCCCUAUCCCGGCCGAGACCCCACCAGCCACGAGCUGGAGCUCCUCAAUAACCCGGGUCUCCAUCAGCACCCGGGGAACCAGCUCUACAACCCCAACGCCUACCCCCACCAGCUGGGCAACUCCACUACCCCGCCCCCGCAGGUCAAGUACCUCCUCCAGGAGGCCCAGUGGCCUCACGGUGGAGCUGGCGUGGCCCAGAACCACAUGCUGGCCCAGGGACAGGGCUUCCCCUAUGGGCUACCCGUCAUGGCCCACCCCAGUAGACAGGAGCAGGUCCACCUCAUGCAGCUCCACCACCAGCAGCACCAACAGCAGCAGCAGCAGCAGGGUCAAGGCCCAGGCCAGGAGCCCUACCACCCUCUCUCCCCCAGAACAACAGGUGCCACCGCCCUUCACAAUGUAGAAGAGUAUGAACCCAGGGGUCCCGGGCGGCCCCUCUACCAGCGGCGGAUCUCCUCCAGCUACCCAGACGAGGGAUCCCCCGCCAACUCCGCCGCCUUGGCCCAGCAGCAGCCACAGCCCUGCCCGCCGGACCCCCAGGAGCACCCUCACACACACCAACACCCUCACCCCCACCAACACCCCCACGCCCCCUACGGCUACCCCCCGCCCGAGCUGUGGCCCGGCAACGGGGGUGGCCCCGGCCCGUUCCAGAACAUUCCAUGCAACGGAGCCAGCACACUCAUUCAACACCGGGACCUCCUAGCUUCCAAGGCCCUGCGGCAGGCAGCAGAGGAGCAGAUGAAGGCUGAAGCGGCAGCAGCAGUAGCUGCGGCCCAGCCUCCCGCCCACUCCCUCCAGCACCUCGGACAAUUCCCCCCUCUCAUGCCCAACAGCAAGCCGCAGCAGCAGCAGCAGGCCGCCCCAGAGCCCGGCCAAGUCUCUGGGGGCCCCCAAAACCCUGGCAAACCCCCCACCAUGUCCUACGCCAGUGCCCUCCGCGCCCCACCCAAACCCAGAGCUCGUCCCGAACAGGUCAAAAAGCACAGCGACCCACUUUCCCUUCUCCAAGAGCUGAGCAUAGGAAGUUCAAAUGGUAGCAACGGAUACUAUUCCUAUUUUAAAUGAGUUUCACCCCUGAGAAAUACCCCCUAGAAAAAUAUAAAGAGAGAAAAAAAAAGAUAAAUGGCAAAACUAAAAAAAACGGUACAAGUGCUUUUACAAAUCGUUUCUAUUCAUUGUUUUUGUUUCCCGCUUUUUUGUUUUGUUUUAAACUUUUAUUUGUAACAGUCAAAUCUUUCUUCUGUUUCACAUAUCUGACAUAAAAAAUAUAAAAAAAAUAUGUAAAACAUAAGUAUAUAUAAUGGAUGCAUUACUGAUAUAUAUACAUACACAUUAUGUAUAUAUGAAUAUAUGCUUAUAUUAUGUACACUUAUAUAUGUACGUAAUGCAAAAAAAAAAAAGUCGAAAAAUGAACUAAAAUUAUUUUAAAAACACAAAAUUUGGUUGACCACUUGGCUGCCUGUCUGUUUUCCCUUGUUGACGUUUGUUAUGUUGGCCACUUUGGUUUUUUUGUGUUUUUUUUUUGUGGAAUUCUAUGUCUUGAUUUUCAUCAUAGCUUUUUCCCUGUUAACACAACUAAGUGGUCAACUAAUUUCAUAUAAAAUAUAUGGAACAUUGUAUAGAAGUAGAUGCAUUUUCCUCUAAUCUGUACAUAUAGAGAAAAUAAAUGACUGAGUUGUAUGCCACAGACAUGUACCUAAAUUCCUGUAUCAUGUUAGAAUUUACAUUUAGACUAGAUUUGGUUUGCUUUUAAUCCUUAACCUUAGACAUUCUCACCUGAAAAUCAUUUUCAGUAACAGAUUAGUGGAGUAAAUGGGAUUUUUACAUACAUGCAAACACACACGAUUCAGAAUAAAACUAUUACUUUAUUAUACAUUUAUACAAAUGUGUUGGUUGCACGUCGAUUCCUUUAUUUCACUGGCCCCCUCUCGUUUAAAAGAUAAAAAUAGAGCAUAGAUGAUGAUUGAUGAUAAGCAUGCAAAGCCGCAUCGAAGUGAGGUCUACUGUUGUCUGAUUCCAACUUGGAAAAACUAGUUUCCGGAAGAACCAUGGUACGCGUCCUCUGCCGUUUCAUCUGAGGCCCAAAGAUAGUUGUUCGAUUGGCUUUCCCAUUUGUCAGUUAACCACUGUCUUUGAAGUAGGCAUAUUGCGUGAUGGGGUUAAAUUCCAAAGUGUUACAUGUCCAAUCACAUGACGACCAAACAUCUAAUCAGUUAAGCAAAACUGCAGAUAAAAAUGAGAAAGUAUGUUGAGAAACUUGAGACAAACUGUAUGAAUGAGUGGCUGGGUAAACGUGGGUCAUAACUAAGGCUCGGCUGCUGAGGGAGUCUGAAGGUAUAGAGCGGGAUGACGGCCAAGUUUGAAAGAUUUUGAUUCACGUUGAGUGAGAUGUUGGGUCUACGUCAGUUAUCUCCUUGUUUUUCUUUGACCUACUUCAGAGCUUUACGGUCAUUUUUAGAAAGGCUUGAGAAAAAUCCUGUCACCAACUUUCCCCAACAUUCCCUGGUAUUUCUGAAAUCCCGGUUUGACGUUUUCUGGAAUCAGCAAGGGAGUAAGCAACUAGGGAAUCAUCUGACUUGGAAUUCUUCAACCAGGAUUUCUAAAAAAUAAAAACUGGGAAUUUGGGGAAAUUUGCAACCCUAGACUAUUUUUUGCAACCCUAGACUUGUGUAGGACUUCGGCCCGAAAGAAUACCGUCUGGUUUAGACCAGCACUAUCAGUUACCAUUUGGUUCUGUCUUAUCAUCUGAGUUGUACUGGUACUGCAAUUACAAGUCUUUUUCACCGAUAUUCCAUGUACUCUUUGUCAUCAGCGGACAUCACUUUUAGCUACCAACCUCUUGCUCUGAUUAGAUCGUUGCUUAGAUGACAGAACUCAUUCUGUCUGUUUGCCCUGGCAAUUUGCCUGGAAAUUUAGACAGAAAAAAAAGAUGAUGCUUUUAUUUUGACGACUCAAAAUGUUUCAAUUGUUAGCAAAUAAAUGCAAUCAGUGUGGGUUAUUGUAACCACAACAUUUUUAAAAAAUUGUUCAGGCGUUUGUAGGAUUUUUCUGACAUGCAUUCCCAUUCAGUGAUGUAUUUUGUUUUUAGGGUGACACGUAUCUUGUGAGUGAAAUCGAUUUGCAUUUUUGUAAAAUAAUUUGCUAACAACCAUCAAGCUGUCAAAUCUUUAUACAUUUGUAUGGUGUGCACACUCAAAAAAAUAAAUUGCCUGUAGGAUAAAAUGAUAAUGACAAUUAUUGACGAUUAUCAACUGCAAAUUUGUGACUGAUUUUGAUUGACUUGGUAGAUCUUUUUUUGUGUAAUAGCCACUGUUAUCACAUUUACUGGAAACCAUCUUCUCUCAACUUUUCAUGAUUCAUUUAUUUUUAAUUGAUUAAUGGUAUGUUUCAGUAUAUUUUAAUAAAAGACCCUUGGAUUCUAACUGGUACAUUUUAUGUAACUAUUUAGUCAUUCAUUUUAAUGUAUGAGCCCGUCAAUCAGAAGUUUUUUUUUUUUUUAAAGAGUCAAACAUGCUGUCAGCUAUUCAGGAAGCAAAUCUAGUUGGAAUGAAAAACAUCUCUUAAACAUAGUUGAAACAAUCAUUCAAAACAUUUACGGGGACUUCAGUUUAUUUGAAUUUUCCAAGGUCCAGAUUCAAGAGGUUGUGAAUUUUAGGUUCAUCACAACAAAAAACAUACUUGUAAAUAUGCAUUUUCUAGGUAUUUACAAACAAGGUUUAGGGAGUGCCUCAAUUUUGUAGAAGCUGUUUAAAAGAGGUAUGCCCUUUUUAAUUAUGCAAAUUCACAAAAUCAACUCACAAAAAUGGACAUGGACCGUGUUGGCAGUCACAGCAUCUUAUAGUAAUAUAACUUUUUAAAUUCAUUUUUAUAAGAUGGUGUCUGGCUGCUUUUACAAAGUGUUUUUGUUGCAGGCAUAUAAAAUGUUAUUUUACUGUAGAAUACUUGUUUUUAAAAUCAAUGUUGCAGGAAUUAUUUGUCCUUGGUUCAGUUUUUCCGCUAAAUCCAUUUAAAAGAUAUUUUCAUUUCAGCGGUGCUUUGUGGUUCGACAAUUAUUUUUCAUGUAAGACUGUACAUUCAUUCUGUGCAUGCCAAGAUGACAUGGCUUGUUUAUGUCCCCGAUUUUAUCAAAUAGUUUAUUGAUUUGUGCAACAACAAUAAAAAAUGUUUUUGUUCUCUCCCUACCAAGUAACAUUUUGGUAUAUUAUUUGAUCUGUACAAUGACUUGUGACAUUAUGAACAAAAAAGUAUGAUAUUUUACUAACAUGUCAAUGAAUUGAAGAUGAAUGAAUUGAAGAUGUAAUGCUCAUGUAAGAGUUGUUUUUCCUCCAAAUGGUUUGGCUGGGUAAAGGUUGCUCCCAGCCAUACGGGGCACAUAUUAUAAGCUUUGAGUGUCUUUACAAAGAAGUGGAUAUCAAAUUUGAAUCAGUUUUCCGCAAAUUAGUUGUUGGUUAACCUCAAUUGUGCAAGACUUCCUCACAAUUUCUGCUGUAUCUGAUCUGUAUUUGUGUAAAAUCCAAACCGUAAGCGAUUGUUCUUAAUAAUCUUGUCCAGGAGUAAGUAAUAGUAGGUCUGUGCUUGUGUCCAUACCGGGCCUUUUUCAGGCCUUUAUUAUUGCUUACUCACUAUCGAAAUCUCCAUUUUGUGCCGUGUCAUGACUUGUGACCUGACUGACUUUGCAUCGAGACUGAAGCUUUUCAUUUUGUUUGUAGACAACCAAGUUUGAAUGUCAGUUAGCCUCCACCCAGACCCAGUCACAUAUUAUUGCGUGUAAGUGGCUUAUGAAGGUUCCUCACGUUGCUUUCGUAAAACAACCUUAACUUGAACGGAUGUUUUUUGUGGUGGGAGCAGCCUUUUGCCCAGCCAGUAGAGAGCACUGUAUUCAGCCUUUUGUAAAACCACAUCUCCUGUUGUCAUCCAUCUUGUCUCCAGUCUCUAUUUCUUCCCCUCCCACAGUAAAUCAAUGGCACGCCUGUUAACUGUUAUCCCUCCACUGGAUCCACACAGGUGGGCUACGUAAUGAUGAAUAUUUCCCUUUCACUCUUUUCAAUUCAAUUGGUGGUGGUCAUAAUAAAGGAUUUAGACUUUGUUUAAAAGUUUUUUUUUAUUUUGAUGUGUUUCUCUAUUAAAGUGUCUUAUUGAAUCAG